AUGGAAAAAUUAGCAAAUAUUACUCAACAAGAUAUUAGUAAUGGUGUACUUAAUCGUAUGCUAGCUAAUGCAGGUAUUCCUGAUGUUCCAGAAUACGUAAAACAUUUUCAUCAAGAAACAGAAGAAUUAAUAAUCGAAGAACUUGAACAUCCUGAUAGCAAUAAAGCAGAUAAUGAUGAACCAAUAGCUUCACCAGCCGACGUCCAAAGUUGGAUCAUAGGUUUACGACUUCGUCUUGAUGAUCCAAUUCAACCACCUUUACCUAAACAACAAGAACCACAAAAACAACAACCAACAGAUCUCAACACUUGGAUGCAAGGUAUGAUACCUAAUGAUACGCAUCCUUCUACGGACAAUAAUGUAUCAGAAAUAAUCACUACCUCUAAUGAUGAUGAUACUGUAACUGGUAAUCUCGGAACUUGGCUUAACGAUUGGUCAAAAAGUCUUUGUGAACAACCACCACCAAAGUCUUUAGAUGAUUGGUUACAAAGUUUAGUAUCUAAUAAUAUGCAUGAACCAAUUGGAAAGGCAAACACUUCUAAAGGUCGAUUAAAUAGUUAUUUGAAUGCUGCUGAAAAAGUACUCUCUGAACAUGGCUAUGAUGUUUCAAAUGAAAUCAAACCUUCUACUAAUGUUGAAACUAAUGUUGGAAUGUUUGGAAAUGUUAAACAAAUGUAUUUUCUUUGGAAAACAUUAGAUAAAAAUGGUGAUAGAAAAAUUACAGUUGAAGAUGUUCAGAUAAUGCUUGAAGAGAUGGGUCUUGGUUUUCUUAGUAAAUAUGUAAGUCAAACAUUGUUCGAUAUGGUCGAUUCAAAUCAUGAUGGUACACUUCAAUUCCGUGAUUUUAUUGCAUUAAUGAGCAUAAUUAAACAAUUAGUGGGCGCUGUUACGUCAGCGAAAGCAAAUGCAUAA